AUGAGUUAUUCUAAUAUUUGUCCAAAAGAACUUCUUCAACAUAUGAUAUCUGUGGAUAGAGAAAACACAUUAUUGCGUAAAUUAAGGGAUUAUACGUAUUAUAUUGAAGAUGAUGAUGUAGAAAAUAUGGAUGUGCUAUAUCAUUUAUACAGUAACUAUAAAGAAAUGAAUAAAAUAAUCAAAACCGAUAUACCAAAUGAAGAAUCCUUUAUGAAGUACGCUAAUAAUUGUGCUGAUAAAUACAAGGAACUUGAAAAAAAAUGUGUUAAACCAUCGAAACAUUUUUGUAAAGCACUUUAUGCCUUCAAAAAAAAAUAUGAUGAUAUUGAUUUAAAAAAUCCCAAAUUAGAAGACUGGGAAAAGAAAAAGUUACCAUCAUUAAGUAAAUCUGAAAAUGCUGAA